UUGUUGCCUCCUUGCUCAGUCUUCAGCUGGCCUCCGUGUUGCCAACAUCUUCACGAAGAAUUUUCCGUCCCUCUUCUUUUGUCGCGAGUUCUCGAAGCAUUGUAGUAAAUACAGUUUCGUUACGUUCUAUAAUCGUUCCACCAUAUUAGUAAUGAAUUGUGUUAUAUAACGUAAAUUUGAUAGUUAUUAUAUAUCUUUCGCGAACACCCCCCGCACACAUCUUGUGAUUUGUACUAUAAACAAUGCACACCUACCGAAGCGUGUAGCGACUACCCUGUGAUAGACUUGGCCGAGAUGGCCGUACCUUUGUACUUAUUAGUUUUGUUCCUCUCUGUACUCCAAGGGUGCCUUGGGGAUCCUGCUUACCGCAAUACCUCAGACCACCAACCCCAACUCACGGGACCUGUUGGAGGGCCGAAUGUAUGUAGAAGCAGGUAUCGUAACUACUGCUGUCCUGGCUGGUCGAUGAAACCGGCGACGGGUCUUUGCAUUAUACCUGUGUGUAUAAGAAAAUGUGGUCGAGGUCGGUGUGUUAAACCUAACGUCUGCCUCUGUGAGGAUGGCAACCUACAACCAACCUGUAAUCAAAAACAGAAUGGAGACAGAGGGAAAGUGAAUGGAGGGAAUGGAGCCCCAUUGAUACAGCCUGGCAGUAGAGUUAACGGAGGAGAGUCUGGUGGAGGCUGCCGAGGGCCAUGUCACAACGGAGGCACAUGCAUCGCUUCCAAGUGUGUCUGUAAACCUGGGUACCAGGGGGAGUUUUGCACAGAGGCGGUGUGCCGUGAACCUUGCCUUAAUGCUGGACGUUGUAUUGGUCCAGAUCGCUGUGCUUGUGUGUAUGGUUUUACUGGCAGAAGAUGUGAAGCUGAUUACCGGACAGGCCCGUGUUUCCAACGAGUGGUGAACGACAUGUGCCAGGGUCAACUGGCCGGUGUUGUCUGCACCAAGCAGUUGUGCUGUGCUACGGUCGGCCAGGCCUGGGGACACCCCUGCGAGAAGUGUCCGUCAACGCUACCCUGUGACGAGGGCUAUCUUAAGAACAUUCACAGCGGCCAAUGUGUUGACAUAGAUGAGUGUGAGGCGAUCCCUGGUCUGUGUCUGGGGGGCAAGUGUAUCAACACCAUCGGUUCAUUCGAGUGCGAGUGUGGAGCAGGACACCGGCGCCACCUGGAGACCAACGAGUGUAGGGAUCUAGACGAGUGCACUAGUACACCCGGCACGUGCCAGGAUGGCCGCUGUGUCAACACGGAUGGCAGCUUCUACUGUGUCUGCAACCCGGGCUUCAUACCCACCCAGGACCGCAAGAACUGUAUAGAUGCUCGACAAGGCAAUUGUUUCACCAGUGUCACAUCGGGAGGAAUCUGUCACAAUGAGUUAUCCAUGAGACUCUCGCGUCGUGACUGUUGCUGCGGCAUGAACAUGGGCCAGGCGUGGGGCGAUGAUUGUGACUUGUGUCCCAGAUCCGGUGAAGAUGGAUAUAAGAAGCUGUGUGGUGGGGGAGGAGGGAAUGGUGGAGGUCCCCCGAUGGCUAUAGACGAGUGUGCACUGCGGCCACUCAUCUGUGGCGGAGGUGACUGUGUGGACACUCCUGACGGCUACAUCUGUCGCUGCCAUCCUGGCUUUGUGUCCAGGGGCCAGUCGCAAGUGUGUGAAGAUGUGGACGAGUGCAGGCAGGGAUUCUGUCAAGGAGGGCAAUGUACCAACACGCCAGGCAGUUUCACAUGCCACUGUCCAGUUGGCUUCGACGUCUCCUCCGAUGGUAGACUCUGUAUUGAUCAUGAUGAAUGCAGCCAAACAGGCAUGUGUUACAAUGGCCUCUGCAUUAACAUGGACGGAUCCUUCAAGUGCAGGUGUAACAGCGGUUUCAUACUGUCUCCCACCGGCCACUCAUGCAUCGAUGUUGAUGAGUGCUACGAGAAUCCUCGGAUCUGUUUGAACGGUCGCUGCGAGAACACGCCCGGCUCCUAUCGCUGUGUCUGCCAGCCAGGCUUCAUAGUGUCGGCUGACGGGGCUUUCUGUGUGGAUACCAAUGAGUGCAGCAUAUCUGGGAUGUGUGCUAGCGGCAAGUGUCUCAACAUGGACGGCUCAUACCGUUGUGUCUGUGACUCGGGCUUCAAGCUGACUCCGGACCACCGCAGCUGUAUUGAUAUUGACGAGUGUCAGAGCUCCCCCUGUCAGAACGGCCGAUGUAUCAAUACCCAGGGCAACUUCCGCUGUGAGUGUCUGCCUGGCUUUACCCUGGGUCCUGACGGACGUUCUUGUGUUGACAGUCGCCGGGACCUAUGCUAUGCCCGCUAUAAGGAUGGCCAGUGUACCUCCCCCUCCACCUCCCCGGUCACCAAAUCCAGCUGCUGCUGCUGCAGUAUAUUCCCCGACCAGCCGAUGGGAUGGGGUACCCCUUGUCAGCCCUGCCCCCCACUCAACAGCCCAGAGUUCAACCUCCUCUGUCCGCAUGGACCAGGCAUGACCUACAGCGGUGACGAUAUCAACGAGUGUGCCCAGAGUCCAGGUGUUUGUGUGAAUGGUGCCUGUGAGAACAUGAUGGGCUCUCAUCGCUGCAUCUGCAACGCCGGCUAUGAAGUGGACGCUAGCGGCAAACAUUGCAUCGAUAUUAACGAGUGUGAUGAUGAGCUGAUCUGCAGCGGCGGUCAGUGUCGCAACACUCCGGGCAGCUACCAGUGUAUAUGUCCGACAGGGACCCAACUGAAUGCUGCGAACCACAUGUGUGAGGACGUAGAUGAGUGUCGACAGUUGGGUCCGGAGGCUUGUUUCAACGGUGAAUGUGUCAACACCAUUGGCUCGUACGAGUGUGAGUGUCCGCCAGGUUCUGUUGUCGACAACACGGGCCGUAUCUGCAUAGACAACCGGAGAGGCACAUGCUGGUCGCGACUUGUGGCCGGCCGUUGUGAAAACAAUCUGCCUCGCCUUACUCUACGCUCAGAGUGUUGUUGCAGCAUCGGUCUGGCCUGGGGCAGUCCCUGCGAGCUGUGCAAUGUCCACCAGUGCGACUGUUCCAAGGGGUUUGCCAAGGUGGAUGGCAAGAUCUGCACGGACAUUAACGAGUGUGAUCUGAAUGCUGGACUGUGCAAAGGAGGUGGUACCUGCGUCAAUACAGAGGGUUCCUUCACCUGCAUAUGCCCACCUGGACUCACACUGGAUAACACAGGGACAAUGUGCCUGGACGUGCGACAGGAGAGCUGUUUUACUGAGUUCAGACAUGGAGGAGGGGUGACAGUGCUGGAGGGGCUGUACCCCCGCUCUCUGUGCUGUUGCUCCACAGUGGGCAAGGCGUGGGGCGGUCCAUCUGACGGCACACGGUGUGAGCAGUGUCCCCGCCAAGGUACCGACACUCAUCACGAGCUGUGCCCUAAGGGAUAUGGGUUUGUGGACAGAAAAGAUAUCAAUGAAUGCACAGAGUUUCCUGGAAUGUGUACUAACGGACGGUGCAAGAAUACAAUCGGAGGAUUCAACUGCCGCUGCAACCAGGGUUACGCUCUGGAUGAAAAUGGCAUCAAGUGCAUUGAUAUUGACGAGUGCAGCAUCAUGCAUGGAGUGUGUGGUGACGGCAUCUGCCGCAAUGUUCCUGGCAACUUCGAGUGUGAUUGCAAGGAAGGCUAUGAGAGUUCAUCUAUGAUGCAGAUUUGUGUGGAUAUCAACGAAUGUGAAAGGACACCAGGACUGUGUCGAGGCGGAGUGUGUCACAACACGCCAGGCAGUUAUCGCUGCAACUGUCCACCUGGUCACGAGCUGGCCCCUGAUAAGCAGUCCUGUAAAGACAUAGACGAGUGUUCCCGCACUUCCGGCAUCUGCUCCAACGGUGUCUGUGAGAACAUGAUGGGCACGUACCAGUGUGUCUGCGACGAUGGCUAUCAGCAGACCGACAUGAAGAGUCAUUGUGAAGACAUUGAUGAGUGCUCCAGUAACAACGGAGGGUGCCAAGGCCUUUGUGUCAACACUGCAGGCAGCUUCUCUUGUGCAUGUAGUGACGGCUACCGCCUGGUGUCGGACGGCCGAGGCUGUGUGGACCUGGAUGAAUGCAAGGACAACCCAAGGAUUUGCAGUGGUGGCCGUUGUACCAACACCAUCGGCAGCUUCACUUGCAGCUGCACCGACGGCUUGCUGCCUGGCCCCGGCGGCUCUUCUUGUCUCGACGUGAACGAGUGUGAAAGCGGACGAGAUGUGUGCGGGAACGGUGAGUGUGACAAUACGAUCGGCUCAUUCAUCUGUCGCUGCGAGGAUGGCUACUCGGUCAAGCCAGGGCGCGGACCUCAGUGUACCGACGAUGACGAGUGUGCUCUGGAGACACAUCAGUGUGAUAUGAACGCCCUUUGUAUCAAUAAUCCAGGUUCGUUUAGCUGCAAGUGUCCAGAUGGGUUUACUGGUAACGGAAUCACUUGCCGGGACAUCAACGAGUGCUUAACAAACAACGGUGGCUGUGACCAGAAUGCUCAAUGCAUCAAUACCGACGGCUCGUUCAAGUGUGUAUGUGACUCCGGUUUCCGAGGUGACGGAUAUUCGUGCCAAGAUGUGGAUGAGUGUACGGAGAGUCCGACACUGUGCGAGAAUGGCCACUGCCUCAACUAUCCGGGCAGUUUCCGCUGCGAGUGCGAGAUGGGCUUCAUGCAUCCUGACGACAAGAGUGAGACGGCUUGUGUUGAUAUCAACGAGUGUAUGAUGUUCAACAACCUGUGUGUUUUCGGACGCUGCGAAAACAUCUUUGGUAUGUUCCGGUGUGAGUGUAAUGAAGGCUAUCAACUGGAUAAUUCUGGGGGCAACUGUACGGACGUGAAUGAGUGUGACAGUCCUCAGGCGUGUCUCUACGGAACAUGUAUCAACACGCAGGGAAGCUUCAUCUGUCAGUGCCCACCAAAUUACCAGCUGGUUCCAGCCGGAAAUGCUUGUGUCGAUAAGCGAGAGUCACGUUGCUACCUAGAGGUGGAAGAGUGGAGAGGGAGACAGCGAUGUAGUCAAGAGAUGGGCUCCCCUGUGACCAAGGCCACUUGUUGCUGCAGUGUAGGCAAGGCUUGGGGACCUCAGUGUGAGCUUUGCCCUAAGAUUAACUCCGAGGAAUACAAGACUCUAUGUCCUGGUGGAGUCGGCUACCGGCCGAAUACUCUCACUGUAGUAUUGGAGGAUAUAAACGAGUGUGAGGAGCAUGAAGGAAUUUGCAAGAAUGGCCACUGUACCAACACCUUUGGAAGCUUUAUGUGUUCCUGCCACACAGGCUUUAGACUCGACGACACUCAAGUCAAUUGUGUAGAUAUAAAUGAGUGUCAAGAGAGGCUGAACAUCUGUGGUGUCGGGUUCUGUGUUAAUGAUGAUGGAAGCUAUCACUGCGUCUGUCCUGACGGCUACAUGUUGCUGCCGAAUGGCAAGGAGUGUGUGGACAUGCGGAAGGAGCUGUGUUACCUGUCGUUCGCGGAGGGCCAGUGUUCACAGCCGAUGACCAACGAACAGACAAGGAUGUUGUGCUGUUGCAGUAUGGGUCAAGCCUGGGGCCACCCUUGUCGUCCUUGUCCCGCUGACAAGACCGAGGAAUACUUGCUGCUAUGUGGGAACCAGCCAGGUCAGAUCAUGGACCCGAUGACCAACGCCAGUGUCGAGAUAGAUGAGUGCACAUUGAUGCCAACUAUGUGUAACCACGGUUCGUGUCUCAACACACCCGGCAGCUUCGAGUGUCAGUGCAACCGUGGGUUCGUGUACGAUGUUGAAUCCCACCAGUGUAUCGAUGACAACGAGUGUCUGCGUAUCCCGAGUCCUUGCCGAGGCAACGCACAGUGUGUCAACUCUCCCGGAAGUUUUGAGUGCCAGUGUCCUGAGGGGUAUAAGCUCGGCAUGAGCAUGAGGGACUGUGUAGAUAUAGAUGAGUGCCUGGAGCGGCCUGGUAUAUGCGAGAACGGUGACUGUAACAACUUUCAAGGCAGUUUCCAAUGCGUGUGUCACAACGGGUACCAGCUGACCGCAUCGCGCGAGACCUGCACAGACACGGAUGAGUGUAUACGACACCCGAACAUCUGUAAUAACGGCACCUGCAUCAAUGCCAUCGGCAGCUUCAAGUGCCAUUGUUUCCCGGGGUUCAAACUGAGCCAUAAUAAUGACUGCAUUGAUGUGGACGAAUGUUACAUAAUGCCAUAUCUGUGUCGCAACGGACGCUGCCGCAACACAAUUGGGUCAUUCCGCUGCGAGUGUGCUGAUGGCUAUACACUCUCACCGGACAGUCAGCACUGCCAGGACAUAGACGAAUGUCAAGAGACAGGUGGCAUGUGUGGACCAGCCGGUCGCUGUCAGAACCUCAUGGGCUCCUUCCAGUGUUCCUGCCCUUCAGGCUUCCGGCUCAACCCUAACAAGACCCAGUGUGUAGAUAUCAACGAAUGUCAGGACAGUGCUGGCAUCUGCGAGGGUGGAGCUUGCAUCAACACUGACGGAGGCUUCAUCUGCGAGUGUCCUGACGGCUACGUCCUCAGCCAGAAUGGCAUGAAGUGUGUCGAUGUUCGCAAGGAUAUGUGCUUCGAUGUUCUCAACAUGGACAGGUGUUCGAUGGCGCGCCGGGAACCAAUGACCAUGAAGGAGUGUUGCUGCAGCAUGGGGGCUGCAUGGGGUCGCUACUGUGAACAGUGUCCGAAGGGUGGUUCAGAGGAGUUCUGGAAGUUGUGCCCACAAGGACCUGGUAGGAUGGACACGGGUGAGGAUCUCAAUGAGUGUGACUUCAUGCCUCAUGCCUGUGACGGUGGAGAUUGCAUCAACACCGACGGAUCCUUCCGCUGCGAAUGUCCUGCCGGGUAUAUCCUCGAUGGCACUGGGAAACGCUGCAUUGAUGAUGAUGAAUGUAUGAGUGGUGCAGGGAUCUGUGGUAACGGAACGUGUACAAAUCUUAUUGGUGGCUUCGAAUGUUCGUGUACUGAAGGCUUCGCCCCAGGACCGAUGCAGGCUUGUGAAGACAUCAACGAGUGCCUGGAGCUGAACAACCAGUGUGCGUUCCGUUGCCACAAUGUGCCGGGCUCGUACCGGUGUAUUUGUCCUUACGGCUACGCCCUGGCUCCAGAUGGACGUCACUGUGUUGAUGUGGAUGAAUGCGUGACGCCCGCAAACAACUGCAGGUUUAACUGCAAGAAUCUGAUUGGCUCGUUCAUGUGCAACUGUCCGGAAGGCUAUUCACAGACGGGGAUGAGUGACGACUGUAGGGACGUCAAUGAGUGCCUCACCCAACCCAACAUCUGCACCAACGGCCGCUGUGUGAAUCUCCAGGGAAGCUACCGUUGUGACUGUUUCGAGGGAUUUAAAUCUAGCUAUGACUUCAAGCAAUGCAUCGAUGAACGACAGGGUUACUGUUUCCGCAAGCUGAUGAAUGGUCGCUGCAGCUCACACUCGGACGGGCUGAUGGCGGUGACGAAGGCUGACUGCUGUUGCACUAUGGGAGCAGCCUGGGGGCCGUACUGCGAGUUGUGUCCUGCUAUUGGGUCGGAGGACUAUCAGCAGCUGUGUCUGGACACUGGCUACUCCAUAGAUGGCAGUGAUAUUGACGAGUGCCACACAAUACCAGAUCUGUGCCGGAAUGGUCGCUGUAUCAAUACACUGGGCUCGUACCGGUGCCUCUGCAACAAGGGAUUCAAGCCUGACCACAGUGGAAAACAUUGCAAAGAUGUAAAUGAGUGUGAACAGAAGCCGGCACCAUGUCAGUUCGCAUGCCAGAACACAGAAGGCAGCUUCAUCUGCUCGUGCGGCUCAGGCUAUGUGUUACACUCUGACGGUGUGAGCUGUGCGGACCUGGACGAGUGCGCCACAGGACAACACCUCUGCCAGCACCAGUGUGUCAACACGCAGGGCAGCUACUCAUGCUCAUGCCCCACCGGCUACACCCAGGCUGGCGACCACUGUCUCGAUGUGGACGAGUGUGAGAGUGGACACUUGUGUCCCGCACCUGGCCGAUGUAUCAACACUCUCGGCAGUUUCCGCUGCCUCUGUCCACGUGGCUACAAGCUGGACAAGACAGGUUCCUACUGCUCAGACUCGGACGAGUGUACGGACGACUCCAAGUGCGAACACGGCUGUCAGAACUUUAUGGGUACAUAUCGUUGCGGAUGCCCUGAUGGGUUCUUACAACAUGUCUACUACAACCAGUGUGUGGAUGACAACGAGUGCACCCAGAACCCUUGUGGAGACCAAAAGUGCUUCAACACCAUGGGAUCUUAUCGGUGUGGCUGUCCUGAUGGAUUCCAGUUCGACCAAGCUUUGGUUGUUUGUGUUCAGGUGGCCUCGAGUUGUGUUGGUAGUCCAUGUGCGUUCGGCUGUACACCCGGUCCUGGAGGUGCAGGGUUUCAGUGCGGCUGUCCUUCAGGCUAUGAACGCAUCGGACAGGGCCACUGCUUAUCUACCAUAAAUCCCGCAGGACUGAGCUAUGGCGGUGCUCCCAAUCUGGGCAGCAACAUUCCUACAUAUCCUAUAGACCAGGACCCGUACGCUGUACCACACGACCGGCUCAUCUCCACAGAGGGUUGUUUCUCUUGCAAGGUGAAUGGGCGCCAUCGGCGGAUGAUAGCAGAAUCCAAGUUCUUCAACUCGACAGACUCUGUGUACGAUGCAAAGAAAUUAAGAGAGUUGUGGAGACGAAGAAUGACUCGACAUAGAAGACAUCACCACGGGGACAAACCCAGAAUGGAGCAGCCCCACAGGGUAUUGAAGGUGAGCCUCGCACAGACCAAACACAGGACAAGGAUCUUGAAACUUCAACCAGCUAUAAAGAACGAUUUCGAAUACAAUAUAACAAAGGGAAAUGAGAAUGGACAGUUUGAGAUGGUCCACAAGCAUGGAGUAUGGGCACUACACUUCCGCCGCAGGUUAAAACAUGCCGGCACUUUCCCAUUGGAGAUAACUGGCAGUCGGAUCAACUCCGCAGCCAGCAACGAUAUCUGGGAGGCGCCGCUAGCACUGCGUGUCACCAUCGUGGCCAGCUCCUGAUACUAGGGUUGGUGAAGCGGUACUCCACCCAGUGCCUUAGCUAUGCUCUCAGGAGCCAGGGGCAUCCAUGAAUAGUCUCAGACCGCAGCUCAAAAGUCAACUUAACAAAAUUCUAGUCUUGCAUUUCAGUUCAAAAUAUCUUGCAUGGGUCUUGGUUUGAGAUAUUUUAUUCUAUUAAAUGAGUGAAACUCACUAAAUAUCAAUUAAUUAAUCACAGAUUAAUAAAUUUAAAUUAUUUAAAAAAAAUUAAUAUAAAAAUCACCUACAUAAAAAAAUAUUUUACU